AUGGCGAGCUCCGGUUUGAUUCGCGCGUCCAGAAAAUUGCACAAUGGGAAGCAUCUGUUCAUAGGUAACUAUCGCGACUUUGGCCUCUGGGAGUUCGUCGCGCCUCCGAGGCUGCAGCACGUGAUCGUGCCCAUCGAGAAGGAGGUCGGCGUGCGCAGCCCGCUGGUGCCCGAGAGCGGCUCCGUGUUCAUGCACAUGAAGGACCCGCUGGCCCACCUCAACGGCGACCUCCCCAGCAAGCCGCUGGUGACCGUCGACGACAUCACCCCUCCGGGUAAGGUGCUGCGCGGUUCCGGGUUGCACGGCCCGGAGCGCACUGACGUGACCAGGCUCGUGCUGUACAACAGACUCAAGGCCCGCCAGCUGCAGCGCCUCGUUCCCAGCAAGCACGAGGCCGAGGAGGACCACAAGCUGAUGUGGUGCUCCCUGUGGUUCACUCUGUCCUCCACCAUCGCACUCCACUACAUGUACAAGUACGGUCUGGAUUACAGUACCAUCCACGAGCACUACCCGUGGACCCCUCCGCGCACAGACGGCAGCCGUGGACCCGGUCCCAUGUACUGGAUAUUCUACUGA